GAAAUCAAGAUGUCAGAUGACACUUCAAUUCAUGUUGAACACACAUCAGAUGAUGUAGAUGUUGUCAACAACAAUGAGGCUCAACAACAACAACAACAGUUUGAUGCAAUUGAACAACAAUUACAACAACAACAGUUGAGCUCACCGACAUCACCUUCACAGCAGAGAUUGAGUAUCACACCACCAAAGACAUCACCACCAAACACACCGACCAACUCGCGUAGACCAAGGUCCGAGUACAUCAAGCCAUCGAAUGGAUCGUCAAAGCCCGUGGCGUCAAUGGGCCUGGUUGGACGCACGGUCGGUGUGACGCGCACCACCGUCAUGCAGUACUUUGGCAAGCAAGAGAUCACCCAGUACACGCCCGAGUUUGUCAUCCACAACAUUAAGGCCAAGGCGCUCAAGAUGCUGUACGAGGAGACGAUCCGUCUGUCCAAGAAGGUCGUGGGCAAGAUCGACAAGUACAACAAGUGCACCGAUCAGCUGCGUCUGUCGCUCAAUGCUCUGGGCGCAUUCUUCCCCGACGAGCACUUCACUCGCACCGCCAUCGAGCGCACGGCUGCCGUGCACGCCGAGCUGAUCACCAUGCGUGACAAGCUAAAGACCUCGUUCAACAACCGCUACAUCAUGCCAGCCGAGGUGUUCCUGGCCAAGAGCGUACUGCCGGCACGCGACGCCAAGAACAAGUUCCGCAAGUCCAAGGUCGAGUACGACUCGGCCAACAACAAGCUCAAGCAGGCAUUGUCGGCGUCAGGCAUCGAUUCCAAGGCCAUCUUUGUAGCCGCGUCACACGUCGCCAUGUACAAGCUCCGCUACAACCAGCGCAAACAGGAGGCCUCACAUAAGCUCUGGGACACAGUGACGCGUCACUCCUUUGAGUAUCUGGUGGAGUCAAUCAACUUGCUGGCGGCCCAACAUGACUUCUACUCACACGCCUGCGAGCGCAUGGCCCAGCAACAAGAGUUCAUCAAUGAGAUGCGACAACACGCCGACAGAAUGCGACAGCAGCAACAAGAGGCCAAGGCCAUGGAGGACCAGCGCCAGCUACAAGAGGCCAUGUACCGCGAGGAAAACAAGUACACCGAGAUGGUGGAGAUCUUCUCCUCGCCUGACCUGGCCGUGGUCAACGCCAUCUGUCUGUCGUCCGGCAGUGACCAGGACCUGAUCCUUGAGGACCUGGUGCGCAUCCUGGACGCUCACAAGCAGACCCUGCCUAUCAUCAAUCUGGGCAUCACCAAGGAGAUUGGCUCGACCAACUCGGCGGCCACAUUGUUCCGUGGCAACAGUACUGCCACCAAGUUGAUGACAGCCUUCACCAGAAUGACUGGUCGUCCAUACCUAGUGUCCACGCUCAAGCCAGUCAUUGAGAAGCUUGUCAGUGAGCCCAAUGGCUAUGAACUUGAUCCAGAGAAGACUGGCAACCUCGAGGGCAACUGCCAGCGUUUAACAGACAUCUGUCAGGACUUCCUCGAUGCCAUAUUCAACUCGAUCGACAACUGUCCAUAUCCAUUCAGAGCUAUGGCCAAUCACCUUCAGAAUGAAGUUGUAAAGUAUUUCCCAGAGAGCAAGCAUACCUCUGUUGGAGGAUUCAUCUUCCUUCGUUUCUUCUGUCCCUGUAUUUUAUCACCCGAUGCCAAUGGAGUUGUUGGAUCAUCAUCCUUGACAAUGGAGAAGCGAAGAGCACUGAUCUUGGUGAGCAAGACACUGCAGAAUGUGGCCAAUGGAUUGCCAUUUGGAACCAAGGAGACAUACAUGAAGGAGAUGAACAGCUUCCUCGAGAAGAACUUUGAUCAGUGUAGACUAUUUUUAGAUAAGAUAGCGACAUUGCCAGCAUCACAAGAAUACAGGCCAUUGUCAUCGAGGCAGGAGGUCAUGGUCAAGGAGUUGCCAUCAAUUCAUAGACUGAUUGUUAAGAACUUGGAGAAGAUAUUCAAGACACUGCAACAGUACAAUCAGCAAUCUGUUACAUUCCAACUUGUGGCAUCACUUGGAAGACUCGGUGAUAUCAAGGUCGAUACCAAG